CUCUCCUGCUCUCAUUCCCUCCCCUACUCUUUCCCUCGUCCUCCCCAUUUCACCAUGCUUGGCCCCAGAUUUAGUACGCCCCGGCCUGCCCAAUUUCCCCCGCGUCCUGAGCUCGACCGGGCUCGCCUUUUCUUGGCACGAUGGCAGCCAUCCUCGGCAUGGGCAACCCGCUGCUCGACAUCUCCGCCAGCGCCGACGCGGCGAUGUUCGAGAAGUACGGCCUGGAGCCGGGCGGCAUCAUCCUGGCCGAGGACAAGCACAUGCCCGUGUACGCGGAGUUGCAGGCCAAGCCGGACGUGAAGUACAUCGCGGGCGGCGCCACGCAGAACAGCAUCCGCGUGGCGCAGUGGAUGCUCCAGGAGGCGGGCGCCACCGCCUACAUGGGGUGCGUCGGCAAGGACGAGAACGCCAAGAAGCUCCUGGACGCCUGCAAGGCCGACGGCGUCGACGCCCAGUACCUGGAGGACCCGUCGACCCCGACGGGCCUCUGCGCUUGCCUCAUCAUGGACAAGGAGCGCUCGCUGUGCACCAGCCUGGCGGCGGCCAACAACUACAAGGUGGACCACGUGAAGCAGCCGCAGAACUGGGCGAUCGUCGAGAAGGCGAAGAUCGUGUACAGCGCCGGGUUCUUCAUCACGGUGUCCCCCGAGGCCAUCGAGGCCGUCUCCACGCACACCCGGCAGUCUGGCGCCAUCUACUGCCUGAACCUGUCCGCGCCGUUCAUCGUGCAGGUGCCGCCGUUCCGCGCCUGCCUCCAGAAGACGCUGCCAGACGUGGACUACCUUUUCGGCAACGAGACGGAGGCGCGCGCGUACGCGGAUGCCUGCGGCUGGGAGACGGAGAAUGUCGAAUUCAUCGCCACCCGGCUCUCACUCAUUCCGAUGAACGAGAAGGGCGGCAAGCCGAGGAAGCGCCACGUGGUCAUCACGCAGGGCUGCGAGCCCACCGUGGUGGCCCUCAACGGCAUCGUCACCCUGCACCCUGUCAUCAAGCUGGACUCCAGCAAGAUCGUAGACACCAACGGCGCCGGCGACGCCUUCGUGGGCGGCUUCCUCGCCGCGCUGUCCAAGGGCAAGGACGUCAAGAAGUGCUGCGAGGCCGGCAACCACUCCGCCUCCAUCAAACACUCCGGCUGCACCUACCCCGCCCAGCCGGGGUAUUCGUGGUAGGCCGUUGCCGACGAGGAGAAGGUGCAAGAUGGAGAGCUGACGGUGGAGACCUUCCUGGCAUGCCCCGGCGUGGUACUUCCCCUCUUCCUUUGGCCAGCGGUGGGCUCUCGCCGUCGGAGUCGCUCGCGGACGCCCACCGCUCACGGUGCCGCCGCUGCGAGGCGCGCCGUUUCUCUUUGCACGCAUGUGGGGCGGGCUCCUGGUGAAGCUGGCCGAUUGGCCAGCGAUCCCGGGGGCCCUGGCCCGCCACAGCACCUUCCCGUUUUGUGAGACGUCACAAGGAGCGCCUGGCCGUCGCGGCGAGCGCUCGCCCCCGAGGGGGGGGGGAACAAAGGUAGCUCCGCUCCGCCCAGGCACCAGAAGUAGCCCUCCUCUCUCGGGCUCUCGGGGGGGCUCGGGGGCCCGCAGCGGGCUGGACCUCUGCAGGAGUG